GUUUUGUUUCUGUGACGUCAAAUUGCUUAACUCCAGCUUAAGAUCGCGGUAUAAAUGUCCCAUGGUAGCGAAGCAGCCGCCACAGCUUAACGAAGGGUCGAACAAGGAGUAUCUAAAUACAGAUCCAACAUGAAGUUUCUAGUUCUAGUCCCGUUGAUGGUGGUCAUUGCGCUUGCGUGGGGAAAGUCUACUUACACCGACAAAUGGGACAAUAUCAACGUCGAUGAAAUCUUAGAAUCGCAAAGACUUCUCAAAGGAUACGUAGACUGCUUGAUGGAAAGAGGCCGUUGCACUCCUGACGGAAAGACUUUGAAGGAAACUCUUCCUGAUGCAUUAGAAAAUGAAUGCUCUAAAUGCACUGCUAAACAGAAGACCAGCUCAGACAAAGUUAUAAGGUUUUUGGUCAACAAACGCCCUGACCUUUGGAAAGAGCUGGCUACCAAGUAUGACCCAGAAAACAUUUACCAGCAGAGGUACAAGGACAAGAUUGAUGCCGUGAAGGAAAAUAAUUAAACAAAAAUAAAACACUGCAAUCUUCUGUCUGUAGAAGUUAUGGAGUUAUGUUGUGAUAAAAAAGCUGAUGGUGAUAUUGGUAUUUUUAACAAAAUAAAUGUGAUUAAACUUACAA